GCCAUACAUUUCCCAAGACGCACUACAUAUACGCCAACACCAGUCCGCCAGAAGCUAGGAGAGGGAGACGACGAUCGACGGGCUACCAGUGAGUUAGUUACCCAUGGGCCGCCACAUGGCGCUUCCCCUGCUCCUGGCGCUCGCGGCCCUAGUGGCGUCGCUGCCGUCGGCUUCGCUCGCGACGGCGGGGACGGCUGGUGCGUUCGACAGCUGGUUGUCCGCGAACCAAAAAGACUUCGCGAUCAACCAGGCGUUGUACGCGAAGAAGGCGGUGGGUGACACGGGCAGCACCAUCGACGAGUCCCUGUCCAAGGCGGAGGAUAACAAGACCACCUACGUGGUGGACCCCAAGGGCGGUGGUGACUACAAGACCAUCACGGCCGCGAUCGACGCCAUCCCGGAGGGCAACACCGGUCGCGUAAUCCUGGACCUGAAACCCGGCGAGUACCGUGAGAAGAUCUUCCUCAAUCUCAGCAAGCCCUACGUCACUUUCAAGUCCGAUCCCAAGAACCCGGCCAUCAUCGCCUGGAGCGACACCGCUGCGACGCUAGGGAAAGACGGGAAGCCCGUGGGCACGGUGGGGAGCACCACUUGCGCCAUCGAGUCCGACUACUUCGUGGCGUACGGCGUGGUGUUCAAGAACGACGCGCCACUGGCCAAGCCGGGGGCCAAGGGCGGGCAGGCGGUGGCGCUGCGUACGUUCGGCACCAAGCAGGCCUUCUACAACUGCACCAUCGACGGCGGGCAGGACACGCUGUACGACCACAAGGGUUUGCACUACUUCAAGGACUGCGUGAUCAAAGGGAGCGUGGACUUCAUCUUCGGGUUUGGGAGGUCCUUGUACGAGAACUGCCGCAUCGUGUCCAUCGUGAAGGAGAUCGCCGUGCUCACGGCGCAGCAGCGGACCAAGACCAUCGAGGGCGCCAUCGAGAGCGGGUUCUCGUUCAAGAACUGCACCAUCAUGAGCGAAGGCGGGGGGGAUAUCUAUCUUGGCAGGGCGUGGGGGGACUCGUCGCGCGUCAUCUACGCCUACACCGAGAUGAGCAAGGAGGUGGUGCCAGUUGGAUGGGACGGAUGGAACAUCAAGCAGCCUGAGAGUAGCGGGAUCUACUACGGCGAGUUCAAAUGCAGCGGGCCGGGGUCGGACGCGAGGAAGAGGGUCGGGUGGGCUGUGGAUCUCACCGAGGCCCAGGCCAAGCCCUUCAUCGGCACACACUACAUCUUCGGCGACUCUUGGAUUCUGCCACCGCCAACUGGGAACUCUCCUCCCUCUAAAAAAGGCUACAGUGGAGGAGCCCCCGCCACAUCCCCCGCCUCAUCGCCCGAGUCCGCAGAUUCGGCCUCAUCGCCCGAGUCGGCGGAUUCAGCCGCGUCGCCCAAGUCGGCGUCCAAAGCAUCGUCGCCCAAAUCCGCCUACUCAGCUGGAUCCAAGACGAAGAAGAAAGAAUUAUAGAGGAAGAAGAUCUCGUCUGCAAGAGGCUAAUUAAUUGGCUUCGAUCGGGCUUUAGGACCAGACAGCAUGCAUCCCUAGAUGAGCUUAUUUUCAUAGUUUCUUCAGGGUCGAAAUGAAACACUUCUCAAGAUUGAGAGAUAGAGACUUCAUAUUUUAGAUAUUUCCGUAUUCUCUUCUUUUUAUACUACCUUCAAAUUGUAUGUUUCCUACUGAAGGCAACCAGUGCACCUGAUUCAACCGUUUUUAAUUUGGCCAUAUAGAGAUAUGUACUAGUACAUCGCACGUGCCAUGCACGUGUAGGUUUAAGG